GGCCUUGCGGAGGCCGCGAGGCCCGAAUCCCCACGGAAAAUACCAGCAGGCUGGCUGCAUGGACUAACGGCUACAUUGCACCCCGUGCAAGGGACAGCCCGCAGCCACAGGAGAAUGCACUGACUCGAAGUAGCCGGAGGUUCAAUGUUGCAGGCCUACCGAGACCACCUUCAAACAACGGUCCUCUUAUCGCCCCGAUGGAGCGGAUUCCAGGGAGUCAAUGGACACCUUAAUUCUAGCGAAGUGCCGCCGGGGACGAGCAACGAAUUUCGGGCCUUUUCACCUUUCUACGGUCGUGGUUCGCCCUGCUUAAGCUAAAGAAUUCCACAGGAAUCCCGCAGUCAAGGUAGCCCCAUAAUGGGGGCAGGCGGCUACCUAUGCUUUCCUUGGACUAUCCGCCAUCUGCUCGCUUUGAAAGGGUCAUUGGGACAGCAAACUACUUCAAAUCAAGCUGGUUCUGUCUACGGGGUUUCCUCCACACACGUAUUCUGCUGCUUUCUCGGCCGUCAUAGAUGUUGGGGAAAGGAUGUAUUGAGUGUACCGUCGGCAGAGUCAGCAACACUCGCCUGGCUAUUAUCCCUAUCUACAGACGAUGAUGGGCUUCUCAAGAAUCCAAGACAACAUCCUUCAAGCUACUGAGGAUGUAUCAAUACUUGAUGCCAUCACCAAAACUAAACUGGAGCAUCAUUCACCCUAAAAAUAGACGGCAGCAGCGGUAUGACCGUGCGCUGCAGGUGGUAAAGCCGGGGCUUGGGCGCGCUACUCAAAGAAAUAUCGAUUUAAGCAUUAUG